GCUAAAGUACCUGGGUGGUACGAAGUAGUAUUUACCCCUAAAUAACUACCUGUCAAGCCACCUUUUAGCUAAGUGUGGCGUCGCUGGCUUACUCAACUUACCGUAACUUCAACUUCACUGUCUUAAUGUUGAAGUCCACGAAUAUUCCCCCUUUUCUGAAACCUGCAAUAUCUCUCCUCUAAAACGGUCGAAGGACAGCUCUCUUUUCCACCAUGGAGGUCGACCACAUUGACAAGCUCCUAGAGCGCUAUCUUCACCUCCUCCACGAAUACACGACGCUCAGAGAGCAGCUCAGCAGCUUGCAAACAGGCAUAUAUCAGAACAUCGCACGUGCCAACUUUGCCGCCGAGCGAGGAAUGCGGUUUGGCCAAGAAUACUACGACGAGCGCAUGCAGGCCUCUAGAAAAGUGGCUAUCACUCUGGGCGGCGACCAGGAUGUCCCCGCGUUUGCCGUCACUGCCGGGAGUACGGAAGCUGGGCUGGCCCAAUCGGAAAAGGGGGCUGCUACGGAUGACGGCACCAGGGACGCGAGUAAAGAAAAGGAAAAGGAGGAGGAGGCUCGCGAGUCUCAGAAGGGACAGCAGAAAGACCCGCUGAGAUGGUUCGGACUGCUAACGCCCAUGCCUCUACGGCAAGCGCAGGCGCAAAGCAUCCAGGCAAUCGAGCAAGUCAUCCCCAAACUAGUCUCUGUAGAUGCUCAGAUGGCCCAGGUCGAAAUUGAAGUCCGUAGAGCCCGGAAGAAGCGCGCUAAGGCCGAGGCGGCGGCGGUCAAACAGGAGCAGGAGGUUAGCGCCGGCGCUGGCGCGGAGAUUACGGCGUGAUCUCGGUGUCAAAACACAAUAGGAAGUAUCUUACGUAUAAAAGUCAUGACCUGGCAGCACGCAGCCUCUCAUACACGUGUCCGUAGCAAAUUUCUUUAUGGCAGCUAAGUCAUGGAUGCAUGUGGUUAAAUACAAGUCAAAGGAGUUACGAAUUAGAUCUUACUAGUCAGUAGGCUGAAACGCAGAUCUAUUACUUCAGGAACAAAGAAAGACGCGCAAACGUAAAGCCU